ACCCUAUUGAAGCCUUAUAAGUUCCAAAAUAAAAACAGAAGCGGCUUGAGACAUGAAAUGAUGCAUGAUAGCUCUUUUUAUGAAUUUGAAACGACGAUAAGUUUUAGUUUGUUGUUUGAAACGGUUUUGAUCUUUAAUUUUGUAGGGCGUCCUAAAUGUUGUUAUGGGAAAGGCUCGUGAAAUUGGAGAUGCUUUACUCACGAGUCCACAGGUUAGGAAGAUCACAUUUACAGGUUCAACUGCUGUGGGAAAGAAGUUGAUGGAAGGUGCUGCUGGGACUGUUAAAAAGUUAUCUUUAGAACUUGGUGGCAACGCACCCUGCAUUGUAUUUGAUGAUGCAGAUAUUGACACGGCAGUAAAAGGAUCAUAUCAUGACAUAUCAGAAGCAUCCCGAGUGGAUAUAUUAGAUCUCUUUAGAUGGAAACUGGCAUGCUAUUACAAAUGCUCUCUGAUGUAAAGUAUCUUGUAUAUCUGAACUACUUUACUUUUCUUAUAAACCAAGUGUGCUUUGAAACAUCAUUAAAUACUGUUAAAGCUAGAAGAUCGCUAAAAUGUAGCAAAAGUGUCAAAUCACUUAUUUUCCUAUGGCUAAAGGAAAAGUAGCUGUUACUAGUUCCUCUUAAACCAGGCUUCAUUCAUACGACCGUGACUUCAUGUACCUUUAUUCGAAGAAAUAUCUGUUGCAUUACUCUUCUCUUUCUUCGAAGAGUUAGACAUUUAAUAAUGAGAAGUUGAUUUUGAGGAUAUGAAGAAUUUAACAAGCAUUCUCAAGAUCUUGUAAUCCUGGGUAUUAAACAUGGGUCUUCUUUAAAUGAAUUUGGCCUAUUUGCAUUUUGUAAUAGAAAACAAGGAGGCUGAUAUAAGAUUUCUUGAUGUA